CCGCGCCUACCGACCUACCGCCCCUCUACUAGACUCCUAAUUCCCCUACCCCUCGGACGAGGGCAUCUAACCGUCUACCGCGAAAUCACACACACCUACCUGCCUGCCUGUGCACGGCCACGAUGUCCGACCAGCUCGACGACUACGACUCGGCCUCGGAGCACGAGGACGUGUUCGCGUCGCCGUCGAGCCAGCCGCGGAAGCCCCGCGCGCGCGCGAAGCAGCAGCAGCACCAGCACGACGUGGUAGCGCGUCCCAAGACGCCGUCGGACCCGCCGCCGGGCCCGCGGUACGCGGACGCGGACGCGCAGGACGGGCGCGAGGCCGCGCUGCGGCGCGAGCUGGCCGGCGUGCGCAGCAUCAACGAGCUGAUCGAGGGCGUCGUCGGCACGCUCGAGCGGGCCAAGGGCAACAUGCAGACCGUGUCCGCCACCGUCAGCACCGCCUCGACCCUCCUCAACACCUGGACGCGCAUCCUGUCGCAGACCGAGCACAGCCAGCGGCUCCUGCUGGACCCGGCCUGGCGCGGCGCCAGCCACGACCUGGCCGCCGCCGAGGCCGACGCGCUCGCCCGCCAGCGCGAGGCCGAGCGCCGCGCCGCCGCCGUCGCCGACGAGGAGGAGCGCCGUCGCGCCGCCGAGCUCCUGCGCCGCCGCGCCGACGACGACGCCCCCGCCCCCGCCCGCGGCGUCGCCAGGGCCCCCCGCGCUAGAGCCGGCCGGGGCAGCCGGGGCUCCAGGGGCGUCGGCGGUAGGGCCGGUGCUAGCACCGGCGCUGCCAGUCGGCCGCCCUCGGCCGCGGGGACGAGCGCGUCUGGCGCCGCGGGCGCCCGCGGUGCGUCGGAGAUCGGGAGGGGGUUCUUGCGCGGGAAGUCAAGGGGUCCGCGGGGUUACUAGGGUGGAGGCGAAGAGGGGAGGAAGGGAGAGGAACCGAGCUCUGCAUCGGGGAGAGGAGGAGGGGAGGGGAGGGACGCGGGCCUAUCGACAACAAACAUAUACAUCAUGCAGUCGACGGCAUGGACCUGGCAGAGCGGUGUCUGUGGGAGAGUGGAUGGGUCUUCACUACCUGCUUAACUUAUGUACGCAUGGCUAGACGGCAAUAGAGACGACAACGACGACGAUGACAGAUACGAUGAUACCCGGAUCCAAACUCUGGCAUCCCGCAUACACUACCAAAACUUUCUAUAUGCGCCCCCGCGUUCCCCGUAUCUUAC